AAAGUAUCAUUUGUGAAUAUGUCGUUAUCUGCAAAAGUCCUCUCACGGUUCUAUUUUUUUUCCCCAAAGUGGCCUACACGCAAGUUUCUCCAUUGUGUAGGUAUUUAGUGCCCCCUGCAGGUUGAGAUUAUUUAACAAAAAACCGUUGCUGUCCGUAUACAGUUCCUGCGUUGAACCAGGCGCCUGUUGGAAACGUUUCAGCUCAAUUGGCUGGCUGCUAUAUCCUCAAACGCCACGUAUUAGAAUUCAUAUCAGUUGAGAUCCAUAAAGGGGAAGAAAAACAAACGAAUGUUCAAAUUUCACAAAGGCUCAAAGAACGUCACGGAACGUCCCAUCCUGUCCCUAUGAGCAGGCCAACAUCAAAAGCUUCUAAAUAAAAGCCUAGGAGGGGGACGAACUCUGUGGGUGUCACUUUGCUGACUACGAUUGCCCACUUGCUUCAUAUCCACCAAAAGCACCGUCAGAUGAUCGGACUGCGGAGAAGAGAUGCCGCUCAGGACGAGUCAGGUUGUAGCUUCACAUCUUUCAGCGUGUGUGUGAGGCCGAGUUGAAAACAUUUUUAAGUCACUCGAUAGAACGCUGUGACAUCAUUUUGCGCCUGUUUGCUCAGAAACGCUACGGCUGCCUUCUGCUUGCGGCCAUCGUGGUCGUGAUUGUCAUACAAACGGUUGCCAUCAUCUAUUUGAUCAACAGGCCUCAGGAGGACAAAGAGUUGGUCGAGCUGAUGUCGGCUUUGCUCGACAACUUCCCGGAGCACAACUGUACUGACUUUGCCUGCCACUGGGCGGCGCUGCAGACGUCAUUCGGAGACCUGAAGGCGAACCAGACCUCGCAACUGAGCGCGAGACGGCUCCUGCUUGCCAAAGUCUGCCAGGAGAUUCGCAGCGACAAAGGGCUUUGGAAUCAGGAACUGAAAGAAAAGUCGAGUUGGGCUUUGACGGGUUCUAUGUCCAGCCUGCAGAAGAAGGUGGUAGAUCAUUCCGCACUUAACAGAGAAGUCAAAGAUUUGACAAAUUCUAUGUCCGGCCUGCAGUCGAAGGUGGUAGAUCUACCCAUACUUUACAGAAAACUCAAAGCUUUCAUGCCGAGAGACUGCACUGAUGUCAUGGCGGAGGGAAAUUUCCAAGAUGGAGUCUAUCUCAUUUUUGGCGGGUUCAACACCUUCGAGGUUUACUGCGACAUGAACUUUGACGGGGGAGGCUGGACCGUGAUCCAGAGAAGACAGGAUGGCUCUGUCUCAUUCGCUCGUAAAUGGGACGCAUAUGAAAAUGGCUUUGGAAUAAUAACAGGAGAGCACUGGCUAGGCCUGCGGAAUAUUUACUCUUUGACGGUCUUGGGCGGUUACCAGUUGCGGAUCGACGUCACCCAAUGUGAUGGCAGCAAAUACUUUGCUCUCUACGACGACUUCUCGGUGGGCCUGAACUUGUUGGACCCCGAGAAGGACGGCUACCCGCUGCUCGCGAACGGCUACUCGGGAAACGCAGGCAAUGGCCUCGUCACCCAUUCUGGGAUGAAGUUCAGCACCAGCGACCGCGACCAAGACGGGAGGGAAGUUCAUGGUGAGAAUUGCGCCGCUGUCCAUGACUCCGGUUGGUGGUACAAUAACUGUGGCAACACUGACCUGAACGGGGUGUUCUCGGAAGGAUAUGAUAGUAAAAUGAAAUGGUCCAAAUUGGACCCCCUGAGAUUCGUCGAGACGAAGAUCCGGCCCAAUAAAGCACCGACAUGUCGGUGCUGCCGAAAGUCACACUAAGAACACUUGAUAAUUGGAAUCAACCUCCCAUCUAUCCAAGACUUGUACCUGUCCAGGACCAGGAAACGUGCAAGUAACAUCUCUAUAGACCCUUCUCACCC